UUGAGCACAGCGGAGCACAGCAAGACCCUCUGGACAUUAUGGGACUCACACACGACCCCCACUUCAAAAAGCUGCAGGAUUGGUACAAGGCCCAUGCCUUGAACCUUAACAUGAGGCACAUGUUUGAAUCUGACAAGGAAAGAUUCAACAAAUUGAGCCUCUCACUGAAAAGCGACCAUGGAGACAUUCUUCUGGAUUACUCCAAGAACCUCAUCACUGAUGAAGUCAUGAAGAUGUUGGUCGAGCUGGGCAAGUCCAGAGGCAUCGAAGCUGCCAGAGAAAAGAUGUUCUCUGGUGAAAAGAUCAACUUCACUGAGGGCCGUGCUGUGCUCCAUGUAGCUCUAAGGAACCGCUCCAACACUCCCAUCAAGGUUGACGGCAAAGAUGUGAUGCCCGAGGUCAACAAGGUUUUGGAGAAGAUGAAGGGCUUCUGCCAUAGAGUUCGCAGCGGCGAGUGGAAGGGCUACACAGGAAAGGCCAUCACAGAUGUUGUUAAUGUUGGAAUUGGAGGAUCUGAUCUUGGCCCCCUGAUGGUGACUGAGGCCCUGAAGCCAUACUCAAAGGGUGGACCACAUGUUUGGUUUGUGUCCAACAUUGAUGGAACACAUAUCGCCAAAACUCUGGCACACCUUAAUGCUGAGACAACCCUCUUCAUCAUUGCCUCUAAGACAUUCACCACCCAAGAGACAAUUACCAAUGCUGAGUCGGCCAAAGAGUGGUUCCUUGAACAUGCCAAAGAUAAAUCUGCUGUUGCCAAGCACUUUGUGGCCCUGUCUACUAAUGGACCCAAAGUGAAGGACUUCGGCAUUGACACAGAGAACAUGUUUGAGUUCUGGGAUUGGGUUGGUGGUCGUUUCUCCCUGUGGUCAGCUAUUGGAAUGGCCAUUGCCCUGCACAUUGGCUUCGACAACUAUGAGAAGCUUCUUGCAGGAGGUCACUGGAUGGACAACCACUUCCGUACUGCUCCUCUGGAGAAGAAUGCUCCCGUCCUGCUGGCUCUGCUUGGCAUCUGGUACAUCAACUUCUUCCAUGCUGAGACCCACGCCAUGCUGCCCUACGACCAGUACAUGCACCGCUUCACUGCCUACUUCCAACAGGGUGACAUGGAGUCAAAUGGAAAGUACAUCACCAACCACGGAUCACGUGUAGACUACCACACUGGGCCAAUUGUCUGGGGCGAGCCAGGAACCAAUGGGCAGCAUGCCUUCUACCAGCUGAUCCAUCAAGGAACACGUAUGGUGCCUUCCGACUUCCUCAUCCCAGCUCAGUCACAGAACCCCAUCAGAAACAGCCUGCACCACAAGAUCCUGCUGGCCAACUUCCUGGCCCAGACAGAGGCUAUGAUGAAGGGUAAGACCACAGAGGAGGCCAAGAAGGAGCUGGAGGCCAGCGGUCUGACUGGAGAGGCUCUGGAGAAGAUCCUGCCACACAAAGUAUUCCAAGGAAACAGGCCAACCAACUCAAUCAUCUUCAAGAAACUGAACCCAUUCACACUUGGAGCACUUAUCGCAAUGUAUGAGCACAAGAUCUUCGUCCAGGGAGUAAUGUGGGAGAUCAACAGUUUUGACCAGUGGGGAGUUGAGCUGGGCAAACAGCUUGCAAAGAAAAUCGAGCCUGAGCUCAAGGACACCACUGAGGUCCACUCCCACGACUCCUCCACCAACGGACUCAUCAACUUCCUCAAGAAGAACUUUGCCUGAGUCACACCUCCUCCACCAGCAUCCACCUUACUCCACAACAUCAUCCAUCUCAUCAGCUCGUGAGCUGCAUGGACAGGAGCCUCUCAGAGGCAGCUGAUCACUCCCACGCAUUCAGAGCUGAAGCUCCCUGUGUGUUUGUGCUCUCAUUAUGGAUAACACGUCUACGGUGCUGUCUUUUCCAUGUUUGUUAGUUCACCACUGUGAGGUCAAAAGCUUUUUGUAUCAGAGUGUAAUGGAAGACAGGGUGAAAGAUGCUUUCAGUCUGUCUUUCCUCUGUCAUAAGAAUUAGUUUCUAAAAUAAAUGUCUUUACACAAAGUUA